GAACAAUCUACCCGCAACAUUGCCAAGGACAGCACGGUGCUCAGUAGGAAUGGGCGCGGCGAGAGCGGGCGAUGGCCGUCCUUGGCGAGGCGGGCCUGUCUCGUCUUCUCCUCGCCGGUUGGGUGGUAGUGAUGUGGAAAUGGGGUCCGGGCGUACACAACCGUUUCAUGGCGAUGCUCACCUAGAUGCCUACAACCGUCCUUCUCGAUACUCCACGAUCGCAUCGAAGCAGCAGCGUCCACGACCAGGGGGGCGGUUUCGCAAGGAGGCUCAGGAGAAGCUCCAGAAAGAGCGAGACGAGAUUUUCAGCAAGUUUGCGGACCUCAAGUUCUUGUAACGCUUAAGGAAGUAGAUUUCCCCCCCCUUCUGUUUGGUUAGAUGGGCGCGCUGCUGUGGGAUGGGCAGGUCUUGGUCCAGUUGUUGUGUGGUGUUUUUUCGUUGAACGGAUGGAUAAGAGCGAUGGUGGCCGGUGGCGGGCUUGGAGAAGCGCCAGACGCGACGGCGAACGCCAGCGGACGGCCUUGAUUGUGUGAGAGAGGGCGAUACCCUGUUUGGGAAGGACGAUACUGAAGCGCAGCCGUGUUGGAUUUUUAGCCAUCGCGGCAGUGUUUAGUAGGAGGGCCGUCGAGGGAAGGAACAGCUCAGCGGUGGGAUGCACAGAAAGGCCACGUCGCCGUCUUCGAUCAAAAUUAAGGGAGUCAAGAUGCAUCUGGCUUGCACCAUCAGUGCGGUAUGGCGACAUCAUCCGUUCGUUUCGGAGAGGAGCCAAGGCAUGGAGAGAAGAAGAGAUGCGCGGCAACCCCAGUUUUUCUGCAACCCAGCGCGUAUGAUAAGACACCUUGGAUGAUACGGUGUGUUUUCACCGUUUGUAGGAAGGCGCCGGCCACGUAAAGCUUUGAGCAAAUAACGCAAGCGUAUGUAGCCGGGUGCUGCGCACCUUGGGGUAAUUCCGGCGGUAGUUUGUUGAUGCUUUCAAUAAGGUUUCGCGAGACUCCAUACACGCACAAGCGGACUUGGAAGAACAAGGCCUGAGAUCGAUCGAUGACGAAGAAAGUGCGCAUGCAAAGGGAAAUGGGUGGACAGGCGUGCCACGGGGGGGAAAGGUAGUCCACUAAAAAAGAGCGCGGCGAUGUUUGUGAAAUGAAUA